GCCUGUACGAACGUGUGCAUACGCGUCUUGUUGACUUAACGUCGUAUGAUCGUACGGCUGCAUUAUCGACAGAGCUGGCAGAAAGUUACAACCAGACAUCGGCGAAAUUGGUCGUCGGUCAACCGGUCGUUGGUCGUUCCCUUGAUCGCGAGAUCUGAUCCCCAUUGAAGUUUCGCAUACGUGUCUCUCUGGAUUGUGUCAGCUCAUUAGAUUGCGUGCGUGAGAACGUGCUCGUUCGUCUCGAGUCUCGCCGUGAAAUCCCAAAUUUCACGCAUUGAAUCGUGGCCUGUUCCGUCGGGCUGUACACACCAAGACACACGAGUGUCACUUACAUCAACGAAUAGCUUACGCUUACAAAGAAUCACAGAAAGAGAAAGAUUUACAUAGCCACAAGGGGGCUAGUCAUAAACCGUGCAACACCUGGCGGCACGUCUUUAAUUAUGCAGUGGGCCGCAGCCGCCCUGGCCUCGGCGGCGAUCGCUCUGCUUCUGGACACGGCGGCCGCGAGAAAUCACCAUCGAUCCGGCAAUGGGCACAAACCAACCGGUGACAUCUCCCUAUGGAUCGACCAGCAACAGAUCAAAAUGUUCAGCGGGGUUGAAAUGGAGAUAUUCGCGAUUACGGAGGGUAGGGUCUUGCCUUAUCUAUUGGAUCCAGAAUUCGAAAGCAAAUUACCGAUUAUCCCGAGCGAAGUAACGUACGUGAAUUUUACAUGGAAGUCUGGUGUAAAGAAAUAUUACUAUAAUUUUUAUCGAUUAAAAUCGUUCGACGAAACGAUCCUGAAAACACCAUAUAUCACGAUCAAAACGCAAGGAAGAGUACCCAAGAGACCCAAGGAAUUCAGCGUCCUAUUACCAUGUUCCGGUAAUAAUUCGGGCAUUGCGCAAUUAGGCAUCGGUUUGAUGAUUGAAAGUCGUAAGGGAAAACCUUUAAACGGAACACCCCUUCGCCUUAACCUGAGAAAAGAAUGCGCCGUGCGCGAACCUAAUCCUGGACCUUGUCCAGAUGGAUAUUUAGGCCCACCUCAUUGUAAAAAGGCAUUGUGCUAUCCAAACUGUAUGAAUGGUGGCAAUUGUACAGCACCUGGUGUUUGUUCAUGUCCACCAGGUUUUCAAGGACCAUAUUGUGAAGGAGGUAUAUGUGCGGAAAAAUGUUUAAAUGGUGGGAAAUGUGUACAAAAAGAUACUUGCGAAUGUCCAAAAGGAUAUUUUGGAUUACGUUGUGAAUUUUCAAAGUGCGUAAUUCCUUGUUUAAAUGGAGGGAAAUGCAAAGGGAACAAUGUGUGCAGAUGUCCUACUGGCUUCAAAGGAGAUCAUUGUGAAAUUGGUAGAAGAUCUCCACAACGCUCAGCCUGUACAAGAGCAUGCAGAAAUGGAACGUGUCAACCUGAUAAUACGUGUCUUUGUGAGCCUGGUUGGUUUGGAAAACUGUGCAAUAAGAACAAGCCAUGGGCUUGAAAGUAAAAACAUAUUUUUUGCUGGUGGUAUUGGUCUGUAGCCAAUUGGAUCGAUGCAACAAGAUUUCUUAUUUAACAUAAAAUUACAAAAUGUCUUGAAUUCUAUUUAGACUGUAUUCAUUCAUGAGUUUAAGACAUUUUUUACUUCAAACCUCGCAUUUAGUUUAACAAUUUUUAUACUUAAGACAAUACUAGAUAUGUAUUCAGAAAAUUACGAAUCGUUAAUUUUAUAAAGUAUUACUAUGUAAAUUUAAUAACAGUAUAUAUAUAUAUAUAUUUUUUAAAUCCAAUUGGUUGAUACCACUAAACUAACAUGUAUAAUUAGUA